AUGUAUACGAGUAACUUAUUUUUAAGUAUUCUAUUAGUUUUAAUUAAUAAAAUAUCAAGUGAAGAACAUGAAUUAAUAUAUAAUGAACAUAUUGUUUAUUAUGAUGAAUGUCGUAUAACAGUAUCACCACGUAAUUAUCUUCAACCAAUACAUGCUUUUGCUCAAAUACAACAACCAUGUAAUGGUACAUUACUUUGGACAUAUCCAAAUUUACAUUUAACAUUAACAAUUGCUAAUCUUGAAAAUGAUCCGUUUACAAUAUGUUUUGAAAAAAAAUCUAUUGAUGAUAAUCAUGUUCGCUCAAUAAAACAUAUUGAUACAAAGACGAAUGCAACGAGUAAUAUGCGUGAAUUACGAGUUAAUUCAGGUAUGCUUUUAUGUUCAACAAGUGAGGGAAAUCGUUUAUCAACAAUCAUUGAAGCACAACCUUUUUAUGCUGGAGUUCAUCUACGUUACUCAAUGUUUAAUGAACGUCACCCAUGGACAAAUGGACCAUACCCGGGUUGGGAACGAUCAGAAAAAUAUUUAUAUGGACCACAAGAACAAGCACCUAUUAAACAAAGGAAAGUUCGACGUAAUCGAAAGAAACUUCACUAA